CCGCUGUUGUUGUGCUCGCUGUUGCCGACCUGCGCCCGUGUUGUCACUUAUGUCAGGCGAGUUCGAGUUAUUGGCAGGAGAAGGCUCCGGUGGACAUCGUUCAUGCUGCUGUUGUUGCUGUUGCCGCUGCAGCUGCAGCUGUUGCGGCUCACGCGAGACCGUCCGGAGCGGCGGCGUGACCGGUGAUGCCGUGGUCGACUGCUGUUGUCGCUGCCGCCGAGCUGCCCCUCGCGUGUUGAGACCAGAGUUGUGCGAGUUCGCAGCCAUACAGCGGUUUGUACGAUGGGCCCAUAUCAAACUCGGCAUCGUCAUCCUCAUCAUCACUAGCCUCAUUUGGGUCGACAUAAGAACCGCUGUCCUCCAUGCCAAGCUCGCUGUCCUCAGUGCCAGCGUGCAAACCAAGGGUGUUGCUGGACGAGCGAGACGUUCACUGAUGUACAAGGAGGAACACCAACUGGCGCUGCCGGCAACGCAACUGCAAGCGAUACCAACAACGCCGCCCAGACAGACAGGACAGACCACGCGGCGCGUAGAGGCAUCCCCGAGAGCUCUCGAUGUCCUCUGUGGAUGCUUCUUGUGUUCGUGUGUGGCGGGGAGGGGAGGCGGGCGCUCGCUGGCUUGCUGUGCUAGACAACUCCUUGCGUNNNNGGCUUGCU